UUAAAAUCAUUUGGUACACACCAAUUUCAAAAAGUAGGUUCGAAUUUUUUUAACAAAAUUUACCUAUUAAUCUAUUCUCAAAAACUGAAAUUCUAAUAAGGCAAACAUAAUAACUUAUACUCGACUCGAAGUAGGAGAAGGAUAUGAAUGAUAGCAUCCAAUAAUUCCUAACUCUCUAUUUAAAAAAACAGUAUUGGAAAUUUCCAAAUGACAGUAUUAAUCUCACCUUCUUAUAUCGAUAUUUUGUGAUAAAAUAGCAACGUUUUAAAAUAGUUUGAUUUUUUAUAGUAUUUGUAUUGUAAAACGUUCUGAUACACAAUUGUGAUUCCUUCUUAUAUUAUAUUCAAAAAUAAACUAUAAUUUGUUUAAUUUUUUUUGGCAUUUUCUAGAAUAUUUUUAUAUAGUGAUGUUUAAUAAAAUGCAAAUUAUUUCCCCCCCCCCCUAUAUAUCCUAAAUUAUCAGUAUUUUUUAUAUAUAAUAUAUUUCGUUUAAAAAAGAUUCGCACCUUUUAUAUGCUACACUAUUUAUUACUUAUAUUUUAUUGAAAAUUAUACGCAAAAUAAUUGACAACCUAAAAAAAACAAUGCAAUGCAACAACGUACAUGCCCGUUCCUUCCCCCCAUUAUAACGACCCUUGUAUUUUAUUUAUAUAAAUCAUUCACUUUUAUUUUGUUGAACCCGUAGGAUUUAAAUAUUGAUAGAGAAAGCCAUCUAAUUUUUUCUUUUCUAUCUGCCAUGAUUUCAAUAUGACAUUAUAAUUUUUAAAAAAAAAUUAAAAAGAAAAAGAUGAAUACAUUUAUUUAUCAUUAAUUAUUAAUAUCUCCAAAAAAACACUUUCAAUUUGUAUCCAUCAUGAAAAUAAAAAAUUUUUGCGAAACAUUUUUUCCCCAAUUUAUAAUUCACACGUGAUCGGGUCUUUCAUUUUUAUCGUUCCCUUUUUAAAUUCGGGAAUCGAAAAAAUAACUAAAAGUUUAAUUUUUUAAAAUAAAUGAUAAAUAUGACGUUUGACUUUUCUUUUAACGUACCGCGAAACGCAACCAUAGCGUAGCCAUUAUUUUUGAAGCCUACUUUUUGAUACGCUCGUUUACUUUCUUUUCAUGUUAAAUUCCGUGAGUCCCAAUAAAAUAUCCGCAUCUAACAACGCGUCUAACAAUGAAAUUCGUCAUUACUUUACACGCCACACCGAUUUUCUGUUCCUAACGGAUUCCCUUGCGGCGAAAUGUUGCGAUUCGUUAGAUAAGGACCGUCAAUCCGAACCCGAAGACUGUCAAUCUAAUCACGAGCAAGACCAGGCCUACACAAUUCAUUACAAACCGUCCCCCAACAAAUCCCGUUUCGUUUCUCUCCCCAUCAAAGAUGGCGUCAAAGAUCGGACCGAAAACGCGGAUUCCACCUUCGAAGAAAGACAUUUCGAGAGAUGUCCCGCGAAAGCUUUGGAUUCUUCCGGCGAUCGAGCCGAAAUCGACUAUCCGGCGUUCUUGGGUCGAAAUAUUAUAGGACCGAGAAAUAAGCCUAUCAGUCGUGAGCUAUCUUCACUCCCUCUUACGAAAAAUGGAUAUUAUCUCAACCAUAGAUAUUACCCGGUUCUUGGAAGUCGUAAACUUAGGGCAGCAGGGUCGUGCGAGUCUAGACAUUCGAUAGACAAAUUUUACAGCGACCGAUUUAGGAGGAAGUGGAAAGAGCCUCAGAGGAGUUUAAAAUUGGCUUCAAAAGGCUGGCCUCGUAAGAACUCGUUUAUCUUGUACAGAUGCGGAAUUUGUCACAAAUUCUUGUCUCACAAAUUAAGGACGGUCAAAAAGCAUUUGAUGUCAUGGUGUAUCAUAGAAAAACAAGUCAACAACGCUGAAUCAUGGGAUUCUGUUGAGACCGAAGCUAUGAUUACCAGAGUAAUCCUCAAUUCUCCUCAAAAACGAACCCUCGAAACCUUCAACUUUUUCAAGACUUCAAUUGAAAGCCCUGAUAUGGAUUUAGAUUUGUUGAAAUUAAUCGUCAAGUAUUCACCCUCUAAGUGCGCUCUUUCUCCUUUGCGCACAAGUAAAGCCUUGAAUCAACUCAAAACCGGUUUCAAGGAAGUUCUCAAUAGUGUAUCUAUUCGCGACGUGGAAGAAGAAGAUUGUCGUGUCUUAAUACCCAUUCAACUAUCACCCAAAGUAUUAAGGAUAGAAUCUAAUGAUAGUAAUAAGUCAAAGUCUCCUGUAAAGGUUAAAAGUGUGAGGAUCCUUACAAAUUCAGUGAAUAAAAGGAAGAAUUUUAGAAUAAUACAUCGGGCCCCUCCCUGUUCUGUUAUUUCAAAUAUAUUUCUACCCAGUGACACUUCUAUUGAAGGAAACAGCGGCCAUGCCCACGAUUUUGUAGAAAAUGAUUUGGCACUAGAUCUAUCACAAUCAGUCAAUAAUCAAAACUUACCUAAAGGCUCCUCCACCAAUAGCAACAACUCCGAUAUCUCUCCUUUAAGCUCGAUAGAAAAUUUACAAAUCCAAACUAAUUUCUCUGAGUAUAAUGGAACAGCCUCGUUGAAGAAUGGCUGUAAAGCGCAAAAUACUGACCCCUCUCUCUUCCCAAUCGACGCCAAAAGUCUCAUGAUGUUUAUGAUGUUUUCUCCAAGGGACAAUUCGACACCCUUUGCACUUAAUCAAGAACUUAAAAGUUUGAAUCAUCGGAAUAAGCUUGAAAUUUGCGAAAAUGAUGAGCAAUCUCCCAUGGAAAUGCAUACCGAAGUGAAUAGGAAAGAUUCCAGCUACAGAAAGUUGUACGAACGUUUUCUCGAGUUUCAGCAUUCUAAAGCAUCACACACACAAGACUCAUAUGCGAUUGCUUCAAAGCAAAACGAAUACUACAAUGGACAUCCCACCCUUAAAUCUCCUUCAGCUCAUGAUGCAUCACAUUACUCUGGCAUAUUAAACAAUCCCGAAUAUUUCUAUUACAAAAGCCUUUUAGAUUAUUAUUCGUUUUACCGAGAUGCUGAGGCCGCUCAGAGAAAGUUUUUUAUCGCUGAAAAUUCGGGUAUUGAUGAUCGCAAAAAUUUCUUGCCGGAGCGUGGACUAGAUAAAAUUUGCGAUCUCAACAAAUUCAAUAUCAAAGGCGAGUACGAUGCUAACCCGCCGAGCUCUUUUAAAGAAAGAACGUCUCUUCAAAUCAAAUAUGAUGACUAUGUAAACGGCAAUGGUUUUGAUUUCAAGAUGAACCGUAGCGAUUCUCGCAAUUUUUCCUUAUCCAAUUCCGGUUCUAAUCCUAACUGCAAUUUAAGCAACUCUCAUAGACGGCAGACCGCUUGCAACGGGAAGCACUUGUGUGUGGCUUGUGGAAAGCGUUUCAACACAAGCUACCACCUGAAGCGGCACUCGUACGUCCACACGGGGCUAAAACCUUACAACUGCGUCGUGUGUCUCAAGUCGUUCGCCGAGAGAAGUCAUUUCGUUAACCACACGUGUCGCAUCAAGCCUGGAGGGCAUCACAACCGCCUCAACAACUACCACAGCACAAUGGUUUCCAAUGACUAUAACGAUUCUAUUGACCAUAAUCGCGACUACGACCCCGAAUUUGCUGCGGAAAUGAAUGAGUACCCUUUGACACCCAUUGGAGACCACAAAAAACAUAACGGAGAUAGUGCUUACGAUGUUAAACGUGUCAAGACCGAGUUUGAGCCUUCAGCAAAUCUUCAAACUAACAUGAAACAUAAAUUUAGCAUUAAGGCCGAAACGACUCUACCUCCAGCGAUUGCCGCUUACAAAUGGAACCCCGUAAUUUGUACACCUUUCUUACUGGAAAACAUUUUAGCGGGCGAUGUUAACGGACAAAGAUCCGACGAAACUAAUAGUAGUAAUCAUAAUUUCAAGCUCACUCAACCUACGUUCUCCAGCUCUUGCUCCGGGUACAAUUAUAACUUGUCUGCUUACGCCAGCAAUUUCAAUGGUUCUUUGUUUUCAAAACCCGUCCAAACCCCGGAAUAUAAAUCUAUUUUUGCUAAUAACUAUACAGUGUCGACCAAGGUGCAGGAUGUGUUGGAUUGCAAUGGGAAAACGCAGAGGAACGCGAUUCGGGCUGAAGAUUUUUACCGUUACUAUAUGGCGAAUUUGGUCGCAUCUGGCCCGACUAAAGAAGUAUUAGUGUCAGAGGCAAAUAUCUCCACCAAGUUAAAUAUUAGCAACCCUUUCAAUUUGGAUGCCAGCUUUUACGCCAAUUAUCACCCGCUAUUCUAUAACCCAAACGAUGUAACACUUGAUAAAGGCUCUCCUUACUUUCCCAAAUUCAACACUUUCCAUCAUUUCGAAAAUCCGAACGUCUCCACCAAAACCGCCCCUUCCGUAUCAUGCGGUCAAGAUUUGAAAUGCCCGCACUAUCCUUUGAUUCCUCUUCCUGCAUAUAGUGGAGACGCCGAUUCGUUCGUCGUUAAAAAGUCCACAUAUAAAAGUACCACCCUUCAUUACCCUCUUAAUUUUGACUCAAACAUCAAACCCCUAUCUUACAAAUAUCCCUAUAACUACGUUGACAAGCAUAGCGAUAGUCUAUCCCUCAACAAUUUCAACAACUACCUAAAUUGCUUUAAUAACAACGACAACGAUUAUAAGCAACCGAACGAAUCCGCUCUUGAUCAUUUAUCACCCGUCGUAACGAAAAACAAAAGCAAUAAUGGUGGUAAAGGAACUGGAGCCCACAAAAAAUGUCGUGUCAAAAAGCUCCACCCGUGUGAUGCAUGUGGCAAAGAGUUUAGAGACAGUUAUCAUCUCAAAAGGCAUUACUAUUUACACACCGGCAAAAAGCCGUUCACCUGCGAGCGUUGCGGAAAAUCCUACGCAGAACAAAGCCACCUUCGCAUCCAUAAAUGCAAAGUGGCAGCGCCAGCUCUUCCUUUACCCUCUCCUAUCAUUAUACCUACCGAUGACGUUAUUCCAUCUAACUCUCUCCCCUAAUUGCAUUGCGCAUAUAAAAUUUAUACAAUAAAAGAGUUUGUUACUGGUGGGAGAACUUAUAAUAAUUUUCCUCUAUUUGAAGGAUUGGAUUGUUGCUAUUCACUAUUUUUCAUAUUUUAACUACCUUUUUUUUUUACUUAUUACACCAUGUAUUUUUCUGUAUUAUAUUUAUAUAAACAUAUCCUUUUCCAAUGCAAGUUGAUAAUAUAUUUUUUUCGCGUGAUUUAUUAAAUAUUAUACUUAUAUGACUAAAUUAUUUUAAAUUCAUACAUCGCAUUAUUAUUAAAGGUACGUUAUAUAUAUAUACUUAUAUAUAUAUACUUUGCUUUAUUUCGUGGGUUAUUAUAUUAGGAACUUAUGAGAAGAUAUUGUUUACCUUUAUCAUGUAUUUUAAUAACGGUUUAUCCAUCUUUUUGUGAUAUUUUUUUUUAGCUUUUUUAGUACAAAUUUUUAUUUUACAAGUUAAUUCGCUUUACAAAUGUAUGUUAGCCAACCAUAACCACCAUUCAUAUAUGUUGUACAAGAUAUAUGAAUGCAUGCAAAAAUGUUAUCGGGUAACUAUAUUAUAUUGUCGGAGAAAUAACAAUUCCCACACACAAUGCAAACUAUGGGGGAAAAAAUGGUUUUUAAAGAAAUCUUAAUAACUUAUGACACACGAAUUUGCCAUUAGGCCCUGAUCGCCUAUAAACUAAGUUUUCAAUGCAAUAAUAUUAACUUAAAUUAUAUGAUUUUAUAUAUCAUCACUUUAUUAUUUAUAUACAUCCAAAUUUUGUAUAUUAUCCACGAAUUAGUAAAUUAUCCAAAAAAAUAUA